AUGCAAGGGAAUGGUAUUGUUGGGACAGCAGCAGGGACGCAUCCUGCAUGCGCUGCAUGCAAGCAUCAGAGGAAGAAGUGCACAGAGGUGUGCAUAUUGGCACCCUAUUUUCCAGCAGAAAGAACAAGGGAAUUUCAAGCCGUUCACAAGGUAUUCGGUGUUAGCAAUGUUACAAAGAUAGUGAAAAACCUAAAGGAGGAGGACCGUAAAAAAGCGGUGGAUUCUUUGGUGUGGGAAGCUUCUUGGAGGCAGAAAGAUCCUGUUUUGGGUCCAUAUGGAGAGUACAGAAAGGUUUAUGAUGAGCUAAAGAUGUUCAAAAGCCAAAACCAAGAACAAGUGAUGCAACUAACAGGGCAAUGGGCUGCUGUAGGCUACAAAGUGGGGCCGGGUUUGAUCGGUUGGAAUGGGACUAAUAAUGGGAUAAACAACAAGGGAUCGUUGAAUAUUGGUAACACGUUGAAUUGCAUUCAUGAUAAUCAUGGGAAUGGCAUUAAUGUUGAUUCUAAUCCGUAUGCUUAUCCUAUAAAUUAUGAAGACAAACUGGUCAAGCAGGAAAAACAUGCCGGUUCUGGUGGUGUUCCGACGUUGCAGCAGAACUCGAUCAGUGGAUUUAACCAGCAAUACUAUGUUCCAGACUCGAAUAAGGGUAAUUAUCUUAAUGAUGCAUUGUCUCUAAUUCAAUGCUGGCGCCUGAGAAAACUGGCGUUUAACAAAGUGGAUGAUCAGGCUGUGAUGAUGAUCAAGACCGGAUUUUAUUUAUUGGUUGUUCGAUGCAAUUAA